ACCUCCGACAGCCUCGAGGUUAUAGGGCGACACGUUCAGGCUUCGUGCACUGUGGCGGCCCUUGAGGCUGGAACUCCCCUUCUCCCUCUUCACAAUGAGGAAACUGAGGCCCCGGGAGGUGGCGGGACUGAGUCACCCCCCUCACCAGGGUUUUUGUCCGCCUCUCACUGCCCACGGACCUGCCGGGCCCCACACGGAGGGGCCAGCAGAUCCCUGGGUGGCGAGUCCCCAGCCGUCUCCCGGGCAUGCCGUGGGGUCUCCUACAGCGUCCGUCCAUUUCCACGUCCACAACCCACCCUCCGAGGAGCUGGAACCUGAGGGCGCCUCCUGUCCCCUGCUCCGAGGCCCUCCAAGCUGGCCCCAAGGGGAUCACCCACCACCCUUGGUGUCCCACCUGUCGCUGGAGGAUGGCACUCUUCUGUGCCCUGCACCGGCUGCCCUGCAGCACCGCUCCGCGGGACCCCCUGGCAGGGCCAGGACGGCCCCUUCCAGCAGCAGGCUGAUAAGGACAACCUCUGGUUGUUACAUCAACGUGACCUGGGAACCCUGGCUGCGGCCACCCCAAAGGGCUUGGGAUCUGCUGUGACAUCAGACACGCGAACCGGAUCCUGAAGAGCCGGCCGCCGGCUGGUCUCCCCGGGGCCGCCCCCCGCCCCCCACCUCCUCCUCCUGCCACCAGGCACCGCCCGGAGUCCAGACCCUGAGCGGUGUCACCCUUCCCUGGCCCGGCUCUGAAGACAGAAUGAGGGGGGCCUCCCGCCUCCAGCUUUUGCCGCUGCUGUUGCUGCUAGGAGCUCCUGGGACACCGGACUCUGCAGCCUGCGGGCAGCCCCAGGUGUCCAGUCGGAUCGUGGGGGGCCGGGACGCUCGGGAUGGACAGUGGCCGUGGCAGGCGAGCAUCCAGCACCACGGGGCGCACGUGUGCGGGGGCUCGCUCAUCGCCCCACAGUGGGUGCUGACGGCGGCGCACUGCUUCCCGAGGCGGGUGCUGCCGUCCGAGUACCGCGUGCGCCUCGGGGCGCUGCGCCUGGGUCCCGCCUCGCCCCGCGCGCUCUCGGCGCCCGUGCGCAGGGUGCUGCUCCCCCCGGACUACUCGGAGGGUGGCGGCCGCGGCGACCUGGCGCUGCUGCAGCUGAGCCGCCCGGUGCCCCUGAGCGCCCGCAUCCAGCCCGUCUGUCUGCCCGAGCCCGGGGCCCGCCCACCGCUCCGAGCGCCCUGCUGGGUCACUGGCUGGGGCAGCCUCCAGCCUGGAGUGCCACUCCCAGAGUGGCGACCUCUGCAGGGAGUAAGGGUGCCGCUGCUGGACGCGCGCACCUGUGACCGCCUCUACCACGUGGGCACCAGCGUGCCCAGAGCGGAGCACAUAGUGCUGCCCGGGAACCUGUGUGCCGGCUACGUCGAGGGCCACAAAGAUGCCUGCCAGGGUGACUCUGGGGGACCCCUGACCUGUGUGACGUCUGGGCGCUGGGUCCUGGUGGGUGUGGUGAGCUGGGGCAAGGGCUGUGCCCUGCCCAACCGUCCAGGUGUCUACACCAAUGUGGCCACUUACAGCCCCUGGAUUCGGGCUCGCCUCAGCCUCUAAUGCAGUGAGCUGGAGCCAGAGGCUGGGGUCCGUCUGAGGACCUGCACGUUCCCUCCCACCUUGCCCCUUCCCACUUAAGGCUCAUAAGCCUUAGAAAGCUGCGGGGCCAUCCGUCUCUCCAUCCCCUGCCUCCUCCUUGGAGCUCACCAAACCCUAGCCGCCAGCCCUCCUCCUGGAGCCUCCCCUGCGUCCCCGGGUCUCACACUCCUCCUUCCCCGUCCUGCUCACUUUUACCCUUCUCUGCUCCAGCCAGGGGCCUGGGCACCCAGAGGCGGGCAAGCCAGCUGGUGCCCGGUCUGGCCCGUGUGCCUGCCUUUUUCUGGAGGAAGUCAGGGAAAUUCAAAGCGUGAGAGGGAUUCAGCCCCAGAGAGGUGAUUCUCCAUUGCUGGCUUUGAACAUGGAGGAGCUGCUGGCGAGGAGCCACAGGAGAGCGGCCUCCAGGAGCGGAGGGCAGCCCCCGGCGGCGGACAGCCAGCAGGGGGCACCUCCGUGCCCCGACUGCAAGGAAGGGAAGCUGGCCGACAACCUGAAUGAGCUUGGGACCCAGUUCUCCCCACAGCCUCCAGAGGAGCGCCCACCCCGCAUCAGCGUACCCACCAGACCAGGCCCUUGAACCCA